CGGGCGGCGCUGAGCGCUCGGCUACGCGGGCGCAGCGCGGGCGGAAGUGGCGACGCUGGCGUCCCCUGAGUCUGCGGCGGGCGGCGGUGACGGCCCCGGCGCUGACGGCGGCGGCCGGGGGGGCGGCGUGGACGCCCGCGGCGCCGGCUGGGGCAUCACCGCGGGCCUCGACCCCGAAAUGGCGCUGCUGGCGGAGCACCUACUGAAGCCGCUGCCCGCGGACAAGCAGAUCGAGACGGGGCCUUUCCUGGAGGCUGUGUCCCACCUGCCGCCAUUCUUCGAUUGCCUCGGUUCCCCAGUGUUUACUCCCAUCAAGGCGGACAUAAGCGGCAACAUCACAAAAAUCAAAGCUGUGUAUGACACCAACCCGGCCAAGUUCCGGACCCUGCAGAACAUCCUGGAGGUGGAAAAGGAAAUGUAUGGAGCAGAGUGGCCCAAAGUGGGGGCCACACUGGCGCUGAUGUGGCUGAAGAGAGGCCUGCGCUUCAUCCAGGUCUUCCUCCAGAGCAUCUGCGAUGGCGAGCGGGAUGAGAACCACCCCAACCUCAUCCGCGUCAACGCCACCAAGGCCUACGAGAUGGCCCUUAAGAAGUACCACGGCUGGAUCGUGCAGAAGAUCUUCCAGGCAGCGCUGUACGCGGCCCCCUAUAAGUCCGACUUCCUCAAAGCGCUCUCCAAGGGCCAGAACGUGACGGAGGAGGAAUGCCUGGAGAAGGUCCGCCUCUUCCUGGUCAACUACACGGCCACCAUCGACGUCAUCUACGAGAUGUACACCAGGAUGAACGCAGAGCUCAACUACAAGGUGUAGGCCAGCCCCACGGCAGGCACCCCGGGCUGCACACCCUUGACCACGGCCCCCCGCAGGAACAGGCAAACCCGAAUCACUGUGAAUCCGGCCGGCCGGCUGCCCCCAGCCCAAGGCACCCCCCAGCGCAGCCCAGAGAUGGGCCGGGGUCUGCAGGGGGCCGGCCCUGGUCUUUUAAAAGUCACUUUUGGGGUCUAUCCUCCUGGAGCAGUAGAUAACGAUCUCACUUCCGAAUUUCACGACAGCACAGGCUGACUUUAUGCCUUCAUUUCAGUGGUAAGAAUCGAUUAAUGUUUCUAAUAAAUCCAGUCCUAGGGUUUUUUUGGCUCCCCAUCCCCCACCCCAUGCAGAGCAUGACUCUGGGGGAAGUGGUGUCAGACUCCUCACUUUAAAAAUAGGCACAUGUCCUUCUGAGGAUCCGGCUGAAUGAUGUUUGGGGCAUUUUAAGGACCAUGAGGGGGUUUGAUCUGAAAUUAUACAGGGCCCCUACUGUGGGAUUUUUUUUUUUGUUUUUACAGAAAACUGGUGUGUGUUCUUAUGUGGUUUGCACAGCCCAACCUCACAGCACUGUCAUUAGAGCCUGCUCUUUCUUACUGUCUUUUGCCAGACAGUGUUUUUAUAGCUGAAACCAACCAGCAAGCCUUUGAUGACCAAGGGGAGGGUUAUUUUAAAGCUAUCAGGCACAAAUAAUUGACCAUAGAUGACUGUAUUUGCAUUCUUCUGCAUAAUUAUCUUCUUCAGGGACAGCUUUUCCAACCUAAGACACUACCUACCAUGUGUAUUCUUUCGAGGGGGAGAGGAUGAACCCGAGAACACACCUUACUGCCUUAACUGUCCUUCCUGGCGCUAAAAAGAGCUGUAUUUUUUAAAGUGUUGGGGCGAACAAAGCAACCCCCCCCAAAGAAUUGAUAUGUGUUAAAAACCCAAUGAGGAAUAAUUGGUGAUUUUUAUGCAGAAACUAAAUAAUCCUUAAUAAAUAAAUCUCUAUUUUGGAAUCAC